AUGCAUGUAAGCGUUCUCGGCGGUCUCAUGCAAAUUUUUAUUUUUAUUUUUAUUUUUUUGCUUUUCAACAAAAUUAUAUACAUGUAUAUAUAUCUAAAGAAUUUUUUGCGACUGCACAACGCGCAAGGGUGUUGGAACGGGAAGAAACAUUACAUGGUGCGGGUCGGUGGUGUCGAAAGGCCGGCAAGUUCCAAUAGGCGCCAGUCCGCAUCGCGGCUCUCGUCUUCCUCUCUGCAAGGGGGUGCUGUGGCGGGCAAGGUUCGUCGUAAAGCCGAUGGUGCGCAGCGAAGGAACCGGCCCGAGGGACAAAGUCGCAAAUUGUCUUUAAAAAGACGCUCUCUGAAAGCGGGUGGGAGCACGAAUGCUCAGCGGAAACGUAAUGGGCGUUCAAACCGUGGUCAUAGUGUUAGGUCGCCCUCAGCGGAGCGUGGAGCAGCUGCAGGGGCGCAGGGGAAGACGUUGGGAACUUCGGGACGGUCAAGGCCAUUCUCCCGUGCCGUGAUGGAUGCAUAUGUCUCACGUAUACAAAGAUGGUUCCGUAGGCUGGUUUUGGGAGGUGUCGUGAGGUGCCGUGGGCUUCUGGUCAUGCGCAUUAGGGAAAUUCUUGAAUUGCAAAAACGUCUUUGGGAACUUCGUGUCCGUAUGGCAAAACGUGUCAUGUCCGAGGCGUUUAAUACUUAUGCCCUAAGUAUUCAUAGCGAUUCCGAGAGGAGAGGUAUAAGGAAGUAUAAACCUGUAGUAGCAUUGGUGAAUGCAUUUAUGCGUGCAAAGAAGGACUGCGUUUUGAGGAGCGAAAAGCUGCAUAUUAUUUACCAACGCGCGGUAAGGGUUAUUGAACGAGCAUGGGCAAAGUGUGUCUUGUUUCGUUCUAUUCAACAAGCCUCUGUGGAGAAUAAAAUGCAAUGGCUUCUCAUCCAGCAAGAGGAGAUUGAAAGGCGUGAUUACAUUCGUCAACGAUUGUUAUUUCUUGUCGAGUGCCACCAGCAGUGUUACAAUCACCCCCUUUUAAUGAGGGCUGUAAUCGCUGUGCGGAACACUGAAUGCUGGGAUAAUGUCGUAGCGGAGAGCCCUUUGCACUUGACGGAUAGGCGUUGCUCUUUUGUAAACUUGAGUAAUGAAGUUACCUUGGAUACCUCUUCCGCCCGGGACUUUAGGCAUUCCAUCGUGAUGCAAACAUCACGUUUCCAAGCUUCUUCGCGCUUUGCGUCUCCAAAUUUUGGACAGACUUCUGAUUCUCAACGUUGGAGUUGUCUUAAUGAGGAGAAAUACAAGGGCUUAAUCUUUCAGACGACACAUGAGCAGCCCUCGGUCAAGCAUCGUUUUCAUUUACGAGCGGAUACGGCCUUUGUGCAUGGACUCUUACAGGAGAUGGGGAAGCUGGAUUUUCCAUCUUCUAUGGGCUCCCGUCCACGAGUUCUUGCGUCACCACGAGACCUAACCGAUGCUGCGGUCUCCACCACGUGUACGGCGCGGGUGCAGAGUACAGAACAUGCCUCUGAGCUUACAGAUAGCCGCUUUGUUUGGGUUGGCAAUGUGCUUUUGCGUGAAUGUCUGAGACCAUUGCCACUUUUUACAGAAUUUUGCAUUUGGACUCACUCCAAAGAACGUGGAUGGAUAAAGGGUGGGAAGGCAACGUCUUCUUCAUAUGUUUUUGAGGAUGCAGUCAAUGCGUGCUUUCUUCACCCUGCGCCGACAAGAAAAAGCCGCGAAAGGACUCUUUCGCCAAUGGACUUCAGUGUGAGCGUGGCCUCCAUGGGGAAGGCGUGGGCGGAUUUCUACGUCUUCAUGGAUCUCACUGGCGAUGCCUUGAAAUCUUUCUCGUGUAACAAUACUACAUCAGAUUCCUCUCCGCUAGCAUCGCUGAUGGUCUCUCGAAGGAGUAAAGGGCGUGCAUUGUUGCAUUUUCUCCUGGGAACAGGGGCGGCCUCAGUGACACGGACAUCCGGCAAAUUGCACACGCCAAUCCCAUCUCCUGCAGACCAGACACAAGCGACUUGGACUCCGACGAAGAUCCUUGGAAGUGAGUUUGACAUCAAGUAUGAAAUUGAGCGUCUUUUAGUGCGCGAGUAUCAUCGCCGAUUGAAAUUGCAAGAUUUGUACGAUGCUGAGGUUGCCGCUUUGGGAUGGAUUAUUCAGCGAGGUACUGCGACUACGAGGAAUGCUGGAGAGGCGAGAACAAAGGUGACAGAGAGCAGGCAGCAAUUCAAAAAAGCACGUGUGCCUUUGCAUUUGCCACCGACGCUUUGUUGA